CACAUCUUGAUCAAACAUGAGACGCACCAUCUUUCUCCUGUCCUUGGUCUUCCUGAUCUGCUUGGCUUCUACUGAGGGCCAGCGGAUGUUCUCCAUCAAGCGAUGCCUGUGCACCAGAACAUAUGAACAUCUGCGGCCUGGAAACAUCAAGGACUGGAAAGUGCACAACCCAAGUCCACUUUGUGAUGUUACUGAGAUUGUUGUGGUUUUGAAGAAACCUCAAGUAUCUGUCUGCGUGAAUCCUGAAUCAAAAUUAGGACGACGACUAAAAAAGCAAUAAUAUGUUCACUUCUGGGCAGCUGAGCACCAAGUACAAACCAAAUCAUUCCUUCAGAUGAAUAUGACAUGAGUUGUGCAUUUGUAUCUCGGUUCAAAUAAAAAGCAGACAUUUUUUAUUAAAACAUGUUAAUGUUAGGAUAGAAAAUGUCAUCACACACAUUCGUAUACCUUUACUUUAUUUUUAAUAAUAAAAAUGUAAAGCUUUUCAAAUUGUUGUAAUUAAAUGAAGAAUUAUUGAAAAAGGAGAGACUUGAAAGGAAGGAAUUAAACCGUUAGAUCAUUCUGUAGUUUCACUUAAGUUUGCAUGAUGUCAUUAUUCCUGUUAAUUUGCCCUGUUACUGUUGGCCAUUGUUAUACAUGUUUCCAAGUUUUCGUUUUUCGUCAAGUGCCGUUUUCAUUUUAAUGAUGUUCCUUUUCAUGUUAGUUUGUUAAGUUUUAUAAUAUAUGAUUUUAUGUCAAAAAAGAUGGUUUCAUUAAGAGGUUUUAGGCAUUCAGAAACAUUCAAAACUUUUUUCAGGGAAUCUGGUCAAGCUGACACUGUAUAAUUGUCUUGCUUAGUUUUUUUGUAGAAAAAAAAAGUGUAAAAAUGUUGUACAUUA